UGCGUAAACUGGCACCCAACGAAUUCCCCCACAAACUCUACGUGCAGAACUACACCUCAGCGGUGCCAGGAACGUGCCUGACCAUCCGGAAAUGGCUCUUCACUACAGAGGAGGAGGUUCUUCUCAAUGACAACGACCUGGCAGUCACCUAUUUCUUCCAUCAGGCUGUUGAUGAUGUCAAGAAAGGCUACAUCAAAGCAGAGGAGAAGUCCUACCAGUUACAGAAGCUGUGUGAGCAGAGAAAGAUGGUCAUGUAUUUAAACAUGUUACGGACGUGCGAGGGGUACAACGAGAUCAUCUUCCCCCACUGCUCCUGCGACUCCCGGCGGAAGGGCCAUGUCAUCACAGCCAUCAGCAUCAAGCACUUUAAACUCCACGCCUGCACAGAGGAGGGGCAGCUGGAGAACCAGGUAAUAGCAUUCGAAUGGGACGAGAUGCAGCGGUGGGACACGGACGAAGAGGGAAUGGCGUUCUGCUUCGAAUACGCGCGAGGAGAGAAGAAACCCCGAUGGGUUAAAAUCUUCACCCCCUAUUUCAACUACAUGCACGAGUGCUUCGAGCGAGUUUUCUGCGAGCUCAAGUGGAGGAAGGAGGUGGAGGAGGAAGCAACAGACAAGGAUAACAAGAACUGCAGUAAAGACAAUAUGUGCAGCAAG